GAAACCAUUAUCGAGAGGUGAAGCCUUUACAAAACUCUUUCAUAGCGACUUUGAUCUUCUUUCUACCACAUUUCAUCCUUCCUUUCAGCUUUAUUGUCUAUCUUCUGAGUUUCUUUCUUUCAUCCAACAAGAACAAAUGGCCGAUGCAAUCCUCUAUGGCGUUGUGCAGACGAUCAUUGAAAGCUUGGGCUCUUCCACUCUCAAUCAGAUCGGAUCGAUCUGGGGUGUCAACGAUGAGCUUGAAAAAAUGAAAAACACUAUUUCCACCAUUCAAGCUGUACUUGAGGAUGCAGAGAAGCAGCAGGUCAAGAACCACCAAGUCAAGGACUGGCUCAUGAAGCUCAGAGAUGCAGCUUUUGAUGCGGAUGAUUUGUUGAGCGAGUUCUCCACUUAUGUGUUGCAGCAAGAGGUGAUGGAUGGUCAUGAAAUUGUAAAGAAGGAACGCACUUUCUUUUCUAGUUCAAACCAACUUGUUUUUGGUAAUGAGAUGGCUGGCAAACUAAGUGCUAUGAGGGAGAGGUUUAAUGAUAUAGCGAGUGAUAGGAACAAUUUCCAAUUGAUAGAGCGUCCUUUAGAGACACGGGCUGUGAGUAGGGAGAGGGAAACUCACUCGUUUGUUCGUGACAAAGAAGUUAUCGGGAGAGAGGAGGAUAAGAAGGCCAUCAUAGGUCAAUUGCAAGACUCUGAUGUGAAAGAAAAUGUUUCGUUCAUAUCCAUAGUAGGAAUUGGUGGGCUAGGGAAGACCACACUUGCUCAAUAUGUAUACAAUGAUAAGAUAGUCAAGGCUCAUUUUGAAUUGAAAAUCUGGGUGUGUGUUUCUGAUGUAUUUGACGUGAAAACAAUUGUUGAAAAUAUAAUUAUAUCCGCAACUAGGAAAAAACCUGAAAGCCUUAUAAUGGAACAUUUGCAAAUUGAACUUCGCGAAAUUCUUAAUCAAAAGAUGUAUUUACUUGUGUUGGAUGAUGUGUGGAAUGAGAAUGAAGAAACAUGGGGUAAAUUGAGAACUCUUUUGUUGGAUGGUAAAAGGGGAAGUAAGGUGGUGAUAACUACACGGACUAAAUUGGUUGCACAUAUUACCAGCCCAAUGUCACAAUAUUCUCUAAAGGGCCUGUCAGAGGAUCAGUCUUGGUCAUUAUUGAAGCAAAUGGCAUUUGAAGAAGGGCAAGAGACCAUCAAUACUAACUUUAAAGCAAUUGGUAUGGAUAUAGUAAAAAAAUGUAAGGGAGUGCCUCUUGCUAUAAAGAUAAUAGGACGGGUCUUAAAUCACAAAAAAACAGAAGCUGAAUGGUCAUACAUCAAGAAUAUUGAACUCACUAAGGUACCUAAGUUGAAAGAUGGUAUUAUGCCAAUUUUAAAAUUGAGUUACGAUUAUCUCCCACCACACUUGAAAUGUUGUUUCACAUAUUAUUCAUUGUUUCCCAAAGAUUAUUUGAUUGAUAAGUUGAAAUUGAUACAAUUAUGGAUAGCACAAGGAUUUAUCCAGUCUCCAGAUGAAGACUUACUACUAGUGGAUGUUGCCGAUGAUUACUUCAAGGAGCUACUUUGGAGAUCCUUCUUCCAAGAAGCAGAAGAAGAUGAAGGCAAGAAUAGAAGGUUUAAAAUGCAUGAUUUAAUUCAUGAUCUUGCAUAAUAU